ACAAAGUCCUUGAGGUCAGGGCCCAGAUUGAAAACAGCUGGAAACUUCUAGUGUGGUGGCUACAGAAAUUGUUUUGAAAAUCUUGUUGACAUUUCUCUGGCCACAGCACCUAUAACAAGCAUAUUUAAGAAAGAGGGAGAAAAUACUUUUGAGUACAUGACCUAGAUACUCUACUGAUUUUUUUUCUUGGUGGUAUUUUAGGGGGUGGGUUUGUUUUGCUCUUCAUUUUAGUUUUCAGCUUUCAGAGUUGCUUGCUUGUCCUCCCACCCCAGUUCAUAAAAGGAAUAGAAUUUUCCUUCUAUCUCAAGUCAACAUGGCAAACAGGCCAGCCGUUUCAGCAUCAAGCAGAUGGCUGGAGGGUAUUUGAAAAUGGUGCAAGGCUACUGGGUUCAAUAAACUGGGCUUAAUGCCAGAUGAUGAUACAAUAUAUGAGAAUGACGACGUAAAAGAAGCCAUAAGAAGGCUUCCUGAGAACCUUUAUAACGACAGAGGGUUUCGCAUUAAGAGAGCGCUGGACCUGAGCAUGAGGCAGCAGAUCCUGCCUAAAGGGCAGCGGACAAAAUACGAGGCAGAUAAAUUCUACCUUGAACCAUAUCUAAAAGAGGUUAUUCAGGAAAGAAAAGAGAAAAAUGGGCAAAGAAAUAAUUUAGUAGUCUAAAUCUGUGGAUACAGCUGUCCUCAAGUAUUUUUAUGAAAUUGGUUAAACCUGAAAUGUAUAAUGUAGAACUAUUUGGGCUGUAAAUGUAUUGCUUUAAAUACAUAUUAUAAUUAUUGGUGGGGGGGAGGUGGGGGGAAAGGAAUAGAAUUUUCCUGGAACUGGAAAAUACAGAAAUCUGACCUGACCCAAAGAUAUGCCGUUAAUGUAUACCUUCUUCCAGUUUUGUUUUGUUUUUUAAUACAGGGCUAAAAACUUUUAAAAGUUCUCGUACUUAAGAAAUGUGUUAUCCAUAUUACCCUCAUCCCUCCCCCCACCGCCAGCCCCCAAAAAACUAACGUUCACUGGCCAUUGAGGCCUGGUGGGGCCCAGUUCCCUCUGUGCAUCUAUAAUGAUUGACUUUGUGGGCAGGUACAGUUGUAAACUGACCUUGGAUUCACUUCACAUUCCCCUACUCCCUGCCUCCAUCAGCCAGUUGUUACUACAUAGUUAAUUUUUGAUGAGAUAAAAGUGUAUUUGAAUGUUUUUAUAGAGUCCUUCACGAGGUUGGAGAUGCCCUGAUCACCUCUCUUUCCCAGAGAGAACUCGGCUUUUAAAAUUUUACAAAUCUAGAUGAGCAGAGAGCAGAGUGUUCUCAUGUUCCUUUAGUUCAAGGCUAUGAUCGAAGACUCUCACUACUUGUACAUUUCAAGCCCAUGUACCAUGGGUCCAGAACUCAGAAAGUUGCUUUUGUUUAAGUUGUUUUUGCUUAUUUUAUUCGGUAGACAUUUACUGAGCCCAUACUCCAUAGAGAGAAUCAUGAUUCCUUGCACAUAAGAAGGAAUGUGAGUAAGGAAGACAACACUGUAGGUAGAGAGCUAGCAUCGUCCCUAAGUGCAGGCCGUAAUUUUUAGAAAACUCCCAAGUGUCCUGAAAACCCCAUCAUUGCAGGAUAAGCACACAUUUGAAGUAGAUGACGUGAGUCUGAGUGAACUCCAGGAGUUGGUGAUGGACAGGGAUGCCUGGCAUGCUGCGAUUCAUGGGGUCGCAAAGAGUCAGACACGACUGAGCGACUGAACUGAACUGAACUGAACUGAAAGUAGAUGAGGAAACGCUACCAGAUUAGCAAAUUCCAUCUUUCACUUCCAUGUGUAAUAUUUAAAUAGCCACCAAUGCAAGUGUAUGUAAUGGACCCAGCCAGUCUUGCAAGUGUCCUGAGGCUCAUAGUAACAAAUGCUUAUAACUGUAGGUAAACAUCACAUCCCAAAAAAAGGAGCAUAUUUCAGAGAUAGAUACCAAGUGAAUACAGUAUCUGUACUGCUUUUCUUCUAAGGAGCUUGAAACUCUUCUUGUAGCAACCCUGACUUGUGAGAAAUGCCUGUAGGCUUAGGUCACAGGCGCUUGGGAAAUUUGUCUUGGCGCUAUUCCAGUGUGACCUGUUAUCCUCAAGAGGUGCUGAAGGGCACGGGGGCUUACUGGGUUUUGUUGUGUCUCUGUAUGAUUUUAUAUUUUAGAACCACUGCACUUAAAAAUCUUUUAGUUCCUAAAAUAUUUAAUAAAGCCCCUUUGAGAAUGUGAUCAGAAGAAAGGAGAAUUGAGACUCCUGAGUCAGAGUUCUCGCCGAGCUCCUCUCAUCUUAUGUGAUGGGGCCUGGGUCAGUCCUGUCGCUUCUAUCCACACCUCAGCCCCCACCAUGUGAGGUGGCUGUGAUGAAGCUCCCGUCUGACAGUCAGGUAAAGCCAGCCUGUUGAAAUCUGUGGUAGAAAGGAACCAAAUGAGAAAGCGUUGCUGACAGUCUCUCUGUCUCGCAGGGAUGAUAUGUGUGGAUUUGCAUAUAGCCCAAGGUGGACAACCACUGGAUAAAUCAAUAGAUGAACAUAUCCAGCAACUCCAGAGUUGACCACGGCUUGUAGCACACUUUAGGGUAGCUCACCACAAAGCCAGGCUUCCUUGUUGAACUGUUUCAGUCCAGCCCCUCUUGAAGGCACUACCCUCACAUCCUCUCCAACACUAAAACACCUCUCAUUCUCUGCCCAGGCUGAAGCCGACGUAGCUUCUCUGAACAGACGCAUCCAGCUGGUUGAGGAAGAGUUGGAUCGUGCCCAGGAGCGUCUGGCAACAG